CUGGACUGUAAUCAUAUAUAAAAGUUUAUUAUUGUCUUUUGCAAAGUCAGACUCUUCUUACAUGACUUUAUAUUUUGAUACUGAAAUCUUCACUUUUAAAAUGUAUAUAUUUAGCUGGUGAGAUGAAGCAAAAUGACAAGAUCACCUGUAUAUUAGACAAACGACAGAGGAAAGACAUCAGAAACCUAAAUAAAGCUCUUGCAGAGUUUCAACAAAAUUUUCAGAAGCCAGAAACUCGGCGUGAAUUUGACUUAUCUGAUCCACAAGGCCUAAAGAAAGAUACUCCUGCUCGCCUUUCUGACAGUGACCCUCGAUGUACUGUGUCUGGCUUGCAGAUGUUUCUAGGAGAAGAUUUAAACCAAGCUCAGCGGUCAGAUUUUCAAAAGGAGCAGUCAAGAGAGUGGCUUCUGCAGCAACAGAGAGAUUGGGAAAAUGCAUUAGCAGAUAAAAAAUUUGCAGAGGAUCUCUAUGACAAGAACAGGGUUGAACUUGAUCAAAAGGCCAUGGAACUGCAGAAAAUAAAUGAAGAAACCAGACGAGCUGUUUGUGCAGCUACAAAGGAUUUUAACCGAAUCCAGGCUGCAGAUUUAGCAGAAAGAAAAAAAAUAGAAAAGCAUCAGGAAGAAGGUGAUAAUAUGGCUGAAAUUUCCAACCUCCUUCGAGGAGACUUGCUUUCUGAAAAUCCAGAACAAGCAACCAGUUCCUUUGGGCCACACCGUGUGUUUACAGAUCGAUGGAAAGGAAUGAACCAGGAUCAGUUGAUGGCAAUACGUUACACUCAACAGCAGCAAGUUCUGGAGAAACUGAGACUACAGGAGGAAGAACUCCAAAGAAAUGCUGAGUACGACAGGCAACGUGUACAAGCUGCCAGAGCACAACUUCUUUUUGAGCGGCAACAGCAGCGACUGAAUCGAGAACAUCGCAGAGCUCUGGAUAACGCCAAUGCACAGCUGUCCCAAGAGCAACAAUCAAGGAGAAUUUAUCUUCAGGAAGAAGUAUAUUCAAAUUUUCCAACAGGACAGUAUUUCACACAGUUUAAUACAACAAGCCGAUGACAUUUGAGAGACACACACUCCCUGAAAUACUGGACACCAUGGAACUACAAAUCCUCUGAAGGGGAAGGAGAGAGAAUUAAAUGCAAGGCAAGCCUAGUACACCCAGUAACAUAUAAAUAAACAAAACCAAUCAGGAUUAUACUGUACAAUUGAGUAGGGGAAGACACCAUAUAAAGGCCAGGUUGUAAGUGAAUGAUCCACCAUCUAAUGCCCUGGCUGCAGAGUAAUGGAAUCAAAUUUAUUUUGCUUUUCUUUUGCUUGUGUAGGGUAAGAUGAACAUGAGGAUCAAGUGACCUUUAUGGGAAAUGCCUGCACGAAUGUAAACCUUGCACUGAAGUGGAUUGUAUGGCAAAACAUGGCUUUUCACACAGUGAUGGAAGACUGUGUGGAAGACUUCAGCCUUAUCUUUGAAUUUUCUUUACUACUUAUAUAUCUAAUUCACCUCUAAAGCUGUUUUCCAUUGAAAUAUAUCGACUAUACACUUUAAUAGGAACAAACCAUAUAAUGAUUUGUCUGUUGUAAAUGCAUAUUUAAAUAAUCUUAAAUUCACUUCUUACGGUGGAUAUUAUGGCUCUUAGAAGUGCCAAAAUUUAUACUAGUACACUGUAUUCACUGUAGCUAAUAAAUGCAUGCUAUUUCUG